GCGGUGGGGAAGGCGGGAACAGCGGGCUGCCGCGAAGCGCCCUUCAAGGCGAUGGGGUCGCGCACCCCGAAGCAGCCCGGGUCGGCCGCGGGUGCUGCGCAUGUGCGCGGGCCUUCGUCUCCCCGCGGCGACUCCCUGCGCUGGCUGGGCCCGAGGGCUGAGUAGGGCGCGGCAGACGCGGGCCGGCGGCGAGGGGUCCCUCGAAGGCCCCGGCGAUGGCGGGCGAGGUGGAGUCGUCGCUGGAGUUCAGCCUGUCCAGCAGCGGCACGGUGUCGGGCAUGCUGCCUCCGCCCCGCUCCCGCAUCUUCAAGAUCAUCGUCAUCGGCGACUCCAACGUGGGGAAAACGUGCCUCACUUACCGCUUCUGCGCGGGGCGUUUUCCGGAGCGCACCGAGGCCACCAUCGGGGUGGACUUCCGCGAGCGCGCCGUCGACAUUGACGGGGAGCGAAUCAAGAUUCAGCUCUGGGAUACAGCAGGGCAGGAGCGGUUCAGGAAGAGCAUGGUACAGCACUACUACAGAAAUGUACAUGCAGUUGUGUUUGUAUAUGAUAUGACCAAUCUUGCCAGUUUUCAUAGCUUGCCACUGUGGAUCGAAGAGUGCAAGCAACACUUGCUCACCAAUGAUAUACCCCGGAUUUUGGUUGGAAACAAAUGUGAUUUGAGGAAUGCAAUUCAAGUGCCUACGGACAUGGCUCAGAAAUUUGCUGACACUUAUAGCAUGCCACUAUUUGAAACAUCUGCUAAAAAUCCUAAUGACAAUGACCACGUGGAAGCCAUAUUUAUGACACUGGCUCAUAAGCUCAAGAGCCACAAGCCACUCAUGCUUAGUCAGCCUUCUGCUAACACAAUUCAUUUAGAACCUGCAUCAAAACCUGCCAUGACAUGUUGGUGUUAGUUCAUAGUAUUUUUGUAGUCAUCUUGUUUUAUCUGCCAGUGCAUCAAGAGUGUAAUGUUGGUGAUGUUCCAGUUUAGUAGGAAUAACAUUGAAUCACCUGGGCACUGUCCUCAACAAGAGUGUGUUGUGCUCUUGCAUUUGCACUUUGUAAACUCUAGCAUCUGAAUUAAGUUAGGUGGAAAUUAGAUUUCUCAAAUGAAGUUUGACCCCUGAUCCCAUUAAGGUAGAUUAGUUUUAAGAUCUCUUAUCCGCUAAACAAAGAUAAAUAUGUAUUUUGGGGGAAAUCACUGAUGCCUUUAGUAUUCUAUUUGAGCAGACAAAAGUUCUAAAAAAAACCCCAAAGAGUAUUAUGAUACGAUAAUCUUUGAUAAAUGGAUUAGUGAAAUGUAUGCUCUGUUUCCAAGCACUGGAAGGAAGGUUCAACAUCAGUGCUUGUGUUAGGAAGCCUCCUGCAUUCAUUUAUUAUUUUAUUCUAUAUAGAUCCAUUGAUUACAGAAGUCAGUGAUAAUUCACAGCAUGUUUUUCUGCCUUGAGUUUUGGUUUUAUUGUCUUCAUGGCAUAAUUCCAUAAAGUUAUACUCUACUGUGUGUGUGUGUGUGUGUGUGAGAGAGAGAGAGAGAGAGAGAGAGAGAGUGAGAGUGAGGGGGGGACAGAAAUGUGAUGGGAAGAAGUGGGAUUGUUCCAGAGUAUCAUGUUAUAGCAAAAUGGAAGAAAAUUUUGUGAAUCUAAUGCAGCUUGAAAAUUUUAACUAAGCUUGUAUAUUGCUGCUGUAACCACAGCGAUAGUAUUCUUUCACAAAUGGCAUUGCUCUGGAGAUGGAGUCAUCACUAGACUUAUCAAAGCUUAUUGCUGAAAUUGUACUUAGACCUUUAAAAACUCCAAGGCAGCAAGAGAGGAUGUAGCCACAGAUCCCACUGUGCUGUUCCUCUGGGCUUUUGUUUCUCUUCUCUUGCUUCCUGAUGCUGGGCAAAACUGGAGGUCAGAGUGGGUGAAGAAGAAGGUGAACAAGCGGGCCAGGGCUCACUUCCCUUGCUGUUUUGGAGCUUUAAAAAGACUUGUACAUUCUUUGGGUUAGACAGGUAUUGGUCUGUAGCCUUUGUAGUCUUACCAUUCUGACAUAACAUGGUGCUUUAAUAGUAUUAGCAACUAAAUACUGUAUAGCAUCCAACCCAAAUAUUGAGACUGUAUUCCAGACAAAUAUGUUUAAUAAGAGGAUGCAAGAAUGAGAAGCAAACUUUAAACUAAAAUGGUUUAGGAUUACAGGGUCAAUCCUACUAAUAUUCAGUGAUUUGUAAAUAUAAACUCUGUGAACAAAACUGGAAGAAGAAAUGUUAGUCUGUAUGACUGAUCAACUGGCUGUAUUUUCCUUUUAAAAUAGCCUGAAACAGAAACAACUUCAUUUCAUGAUCAGUAAUACAGAAGGAAGUUACUACUUGUGUGCCUUAGCUGUUAAAAUAUGGAGGGGAAAAUCGGUAUCAGAUAGUAUUUUUUAGAAUACACAAAGGCAACUGUGCUUCCUUAGAUCAAUCUGCAUUAUGCAUUUUUAGGACUGGAAAUAUGACAGAUCUGGCUUGAUGAUUUAGCAUGUACAUUUUUCUGACAUUCUGAUUGUCUCUUCUUUCUUCUCCUGCCAAAACUAUCAGAGCCAUGCUGCCUAUAUCAAAGCAGGGCUAGGCUGUUUUGUGAUUUUUGCAUAAUGUGCUAGUUGUAUGAGUGCAAAGCCUAAGGCCUUCCAGUGCUGUGCUUUCAGCAAGUAGAAAUCAUGGUGCAUGUCUUGAUCUCCUUGCACAAAUAGACCUCCGUGUGUUCAGCUAUGUUCCCACUAAGCAAGACUAUCACCAAUUUCUUUCUAUUAAAGAAAUUUCUAAUAUGUAUAAGUUUCCAUUAACAAGUUAAAUUGACUAAACUUUAUUUUGAAGGGGAAAAGCAUACAUUCUUUGUUUUUAGAUAAUGAUUGACACCAUCUUAGGAAAGACACUCUCCCCUUCAUGAAAGAGAAUGGGGAUUCAUGUUCAUUUCACUUAACUGUUUUCCUUCCCUGUGGAAACUCAAAGCGGCUAAUAAUAACAUGAAUAUAUCUUUAGAUUAUGCCUGCUAGUUGAUGUUUUAAUCUGCCACUUGUGAGUAAUGUAAAUGUAAGUUGCACAAGAGUUGCUCUUAACUCUCAGUUAUUCAUUACCAUUAAUGGGUAGUGCAAUUCUUUUGCUCAUUCAUUUAUGGAACUCAAUGUUUUACACCUGUUCUAGAUUUCAUAUUUCAUGAUAGAUCACAUAGAAUUCUCCAUUGGAUUUUAUUCAGAGGAAAUGGAAUAUCAAUAUUAUAUGUUAACACUUAAAGAACAGUUUCCUAAAUGUAGUUUGUUUAUAUUAUAUUCACUGUGUUGCUGCUGAAAAACUAAAUCUGAGCGUCUUAAUCAAGUUUUUAACUUUUACCAUAAUGUGACCGAAGGCAGAACAAGUUAAAUGUAGUUAUCAGACAAGAGAAAACAGACUUUCUUCUGUUACAGAGUAGUGCAGUAAAAUAUAAAAUAAUAGCUUAUAGAUUUAGGAAUAUAUAUUGAUUGCACCUUAAAUAGAGUAAAAUGCAGGGAGCACAAUACACGUGCAUAGUGGGCCAAAUAUUUAAAUGGAGUGUGUCUAGAAUUUUUAGCUAGUCCUUUCUUUUUCUUUGCUUAUCACAAUAAGUAUAACAGGGUUUACCAGUUUAAUUUUUAUAGAACACUUGAAAAAGGGAUUUUUUAAAAAAAACCUGCUUUAACCCUUAAUUUUAAAUUGGUUAACAAUGUUCCAAGAAUAAUAUAUUAUUUCUACUUCUAAGUGUCUUCAAUUAUUUUUAAUGAAUGUUCUUAAAAACAUUUUUUUUUCAUAUUUGGUUUACACUUUAGAGGUCUCACUUGUUUACUUUUAGAUUAAGAAAAUGAAGUAAAAGAUAGAUUUGAAUGCAAAUGUAAUAACACUGCGUGUUUGUACAUUUUGUCAUCUCUUAAAGCAAGCACAAAAAUGCAAGAUUCUGUAAUAAUGAAUGCAAAAUUGCAGAAGAGUAACACUGCAGUCCUGCAUAUAGUUACCUAAGAGUAAGCGACGUCAAACUCUGUGGGGCUUAGGUUGUAGGAUAGGAUUGCACUGACAGCCAUGGAGGUGCAAGAUAGGAACACAGCAGCAGCUCCUGGUAGCAACUACCUGUGAAAUCGAUGUUUUGAAGCUAAUAGUAUAUUAUCAUUUUGUCAUACGAUUUUGUAAUACAGCAUUUGGCUUUGUAAUAUUUUCAGCAAUAGUUAUUUGAUAUCACAUUCAAAUCAUUGUUGAUGCACAGUUCUUCACUCCAAAAAAUCAAAUUUAUUUUAACUGUUCCAAAAUGAAGGAUUUUUCUGUGUCUGUCAAAAUAAUCAUACUUUGCCACUGUCUUAAAUUAAUAAAUGUUAGCAAAUACAAUUAUUUUUGCUUCCGUUUUCCCCCCACAGUAUUUGACUGUCUGCUGGUAUGAAUAAGGGACAAGUUUGUACUCUGACAUUGCAAGUAUUUUGAGGAUUUGAGUUUUGUCAACCUGCUAAGUAUAAAGAUUACAAAUACUCUCAGUGUAUUAAAUAUGAAUCAUGUAUUAAACACAGAUUGUGUAGGAUGGUUGAUCCUACAGGUGUGGGUAAAAUAUAUUUAUUUUAUACCCCUCCCUUUAAGUUAAAUAUACCCAGCAUACUUAUGGGGAAUGAGCCUAUGCUCAGUACGGGGGGCAGCAGUUGCAGUCUCCACUGAUGCUGUAACUUGUUUCCUUUUUUCAGCCAUCUAGAUAAAAUACCCAAGAGGGGGAGGGAAGGAGGCUGAGGUGCCAAGAGGAAUCUGAAAAACUCAUUAGUCCCAACCUCUUCCCCUACCUGCUCCCAGCGCACCCUUUUUUCUCUCCUCCAAAGUAUAUUUGCAGCUUUGGGGUACAUCGCUGGCACAGUUCUUUCUGUGCAGGACACAAGAUACAGGUGGGUGCUCAGCACAACAGGCCACAGAAUUACACCCAUAAUUCUAAUUCUAAAAAGUAAAAUGGUAAAGGUAAUUGUAAGGUAAUAGCUAAGUUAUAACAAUCUGGGAAAGCAUCAUAGGGUUAAAAAACUUAGCAUGACAUUAAAAGUAAUGUUAGUGCUUUUUUAAAGCCUUGGAUAUAUUUCAAGCAGUGUGAAAAAGAUAAGAACAGCAACCAACCCCUCCUAGGGGUGAACAUUUUAAAAAUGGGAAACUGAAAAUAUUUCAGUGGGAGUAUCCCAGAAGUGAAUUUCACAUGAUCUCAGUGAAUGGGAAGCAGGUACAUGGGUGAUGACAUGGGACUUACUAUAUUUUAUGCGAUAAUUCAUCAGAUUCACUCAGCAUUUAUAAACAAUCUGAAACGUACUGAAGGAGGCUAUGUGCUUCUCACAUAGAAGACAGUUCUGGAGCAUUGUAGCUGCCAAGAGUCGGCUUCUAGUGGAAGCCAGUUUAGCUUCUAUACAAGAAUGACCUUUUUAUCAGGACUUUAUUAUAAUAAAGGACUGGAGCAUGGCUUUACACUUCAGAUAUUCUGAUGCAGUUGAUAUGUGCUCCUUGUUUUCUGUGUAGUAUUUUUGUAGUUGAAUGAUAUUUUUUCUGUCAACCUUGGGUAGGGAAUGUCAGAGAUUAAAAUCUGAGGAAGGCGGCUAAGUGCAACUCACAGAUUUGAUUUUGAAUAAGUUUAAUGCUAUGGAAAGGCAGAUUGGUUGGUCUUUACGGUCAACUGUAUAAUCAUGGUUAAAAGGAAACGUACGACAGGUUUGCCUUAGAUAGGUUCCAGUGUACAUGAACAUUUUUCCUAGUGGGGGAAACAUGGCAUCAGUUUUUGUAGUAAAGAAUUUUAAGCUAUAUCAUGGAUAAGUGCCUUUUGGCUAAGUCUCCUUCCUUGAAUGACAGACAGCAAAUAUUUAUAGAUGCCUACAAUGAUAGUUUAAGCUAGGGGUGCAGAAGCUUUGUCAACCCAAUAACCAGAUUCCAUUUUUGAGAAGCUCCAGGGAUGUUCCAUUAGUGGAUGGGAUGAAAGGUAUAAAACAUACCAUUAUCUCUAACUUAAAGCUCUUACUCUCCAUAGCUAAGCCUUUGGACAGGCAUUUCAACUUUUCAAAAUACAGAACAAACUGCACAGAACCCAGGAAACUACCAUAUGAUCAAAUGAAAGAGGGUGUAGGGGGUUCUGCACCUGUUUUGAAGUUCUAGCUAGUCUAAGCUGUGCACAGGUUCUUGAUUUAUUUCCCACAGAAUAAAAGAAAAUUCACACAGGAAGAUCACUGAACAAGUGCUGUAGCAACCGAACAAAUACAAUAGAUACAGUGUGAUGUCAAGUGUUGAAGAGCACUUUCAACCAGCUACUAUUAUUUCAUAAUAUGUUUGUCAUUAACUUCUUCAGUACAAAACAUCCAAGCAAAAAAUUGUGGUAUUGGGAACAUUUCCUAUGGUAUUGGGUAGUGUUUAAACAAAAUGUUGCAGCCCAGAGUGCAGGCAAGCAGCAGUAUGGGUUUUAUCCUUGUAUUUGGAUAGUUUUGAUGGAUAGUUUGUGAGGUCAACCUCCCUUUUUGGAAGCAAAGGACAGUGACAGUAACCUCCAAACCAGGCAGUAUAACAUGACAUUUACCCCCUGCCCCGUCACAAACACACACAACCUUUUUUUCUGUCCGGCCAGCCUCAUUGUGGUACUAUACAGAAUUAAAAGAAUUCUCCUGAACUGAAUAUAAUGGAGAAUAGUUUUAGCUGUGUUCCUCUCACCCUGGUUUGGGAAGCUCCUGAUUCUAACUUACUGAAAUGACCAGAGGUGUAGCUACAACUCGAGGGAGGGCUGUGACCACACUGGAAGGCUGGUGAUGGAGACGUGGCAAACGGGACCAGCAUUCCCACCUGGACACUGAUGGGCUCUUCCUGGAGCUUGACAAUAGUGACAUUGCUGUCACAACAUACUACUUUUUAGAAAUGAUCUAUAGUCAGGUCAGCUGGCCCAAAAUGGGCAUCAAUACAGAUGCUGCUUUUACUAUAUCAAAUGCAAAACUGCACAUACUCUGAGUAAUCGUUUUUUUAUUAAGAUUGGCUGUUGUGCUGUUCUGCUCUAAUUUGUCAGAAAUGUAGAAGCAGUUGUAAAUAACAGUGGUGAGAAGAGAAAGAGCUGUGCACUUCAGAAGCAAUAAACUUGGCUGGCUAACUCCACCCCCAAAACUCAAUUUCAGGGUCUAAACUUGCCUUGUUGCCCUACUGGAAGCGACCAAUUUCUUUUCCUGUGUUAUUCCUGUGAAUAGAAGGUUCUUGCUUUAGUCGUCAUUGGGGCAUUCCAUUGGCAUUCUGUUUCCAGGGAAGGGCUUUGCAAAGGCACAGGCUUUGGGAACAGAUUCUUCCCCUUGUAUAAAUUUUUAAAAGAAGUUAUUGUUCUGCACUUCUGGAGAGUUCUCCACAUAGUGCGAAACCCCCUACAUUGUGGGUUGGUGCUGGAAUCGUUGUUCCACAGCCUUGCUGGUUGAUAUAAAGCCACCAUCUCAAGUAUUAGUCAAAAAACAUUCAAAGCAAAUGUGGGAUGCCUUGGAUCCUACUAUGCUGAUUUGUAAUCUCUGUUUUUGUUUUGAUCGAUGUUUUUUUCCUUAAGUUAAAAAUAUGUGCUAUUACAGGCCUUCAGAAUACUGUCCUUUAUAAACUGAAGACCCAGUGAUUUUUUUUUUCUCUUUAGAGAAAUAAAGCAGAAUAAACAUGCUGACAAUAGGAGUGCUGUUGCUUGUGUUCAUGGGUGAAUUAUUUCAAGUUGCCUACUCUGUAUCUCUCUGUAUUUGCCUCUAAUAUAAGUGUAUGUGUAUAAGUGCUUCCUUUUUAGGAUGAUUGACCUUUGCACAGCAGGGGAGACAGUCCAGUCAAUCUUACGAAAAGGAAAACUGAAUAGCCUUGGCAGGGAGGAAGAGAAAAUUGAGAUGAGUGGUUCCUAAGUCAUAGAACCUGAUAUGUUAUGUCAAUAUCAUGGCAUAUCAAGGCAAUAGGUAGUUGUGUUCUUUCCCUUCUCCACAAAAAAAUAGCUGUUUAUUACAGAGCUGUAAAUGUAUUAACGAAUCCAUACAUAUCUUUGUAAAUCAGCUAUGAUUAAACAGAUAAAGCAUUUUACUCACCCAA